CCCCUGUUGGCUCUGAAGAAAUUGAAGGAUUACUCGGGCAUGAUCGGGCGAUGGGCAACAAUGCUGCAGAGCAUGGACUUUGACAUUCGUCAACGGAAGCACGAAAGACACGGGAAUGCGGACGGACUAACACGACUGCACCGGCCUGAGAAAGUUCCGAAGAGUGAGGAAGUGAUUUCGUGGAACGAACCCGGACAGGAGAUCGGACCUCGCUACGGCCAAGUGGAGAUCUUGUCCAAGCAUUCAUCGGCGAGUGGCUCCCAGAACGAGCCACGUCACCACGGUUGCGGCAUUCAGCAGCGACAUCAGCUCGCCGGUCAAUCCGCAGAGGCAUACCGCGAUCUUGACUUCGUUGCGCGAGUGGAUGGAGUAGGUGUCCGACGUUUGGCGGACGAUCUCUCACCCGACAUCUAUUCGCAGAGUCACGACAGUCCUGCUUCACACGUUCUCGAGCGGUUAUUGGAUCCGUAUCUUCAGUGGACUGCGUGCUUGGAGGAGCCCUGGGACGAAGAUACGCUGCCAUCGCGGCAGGAGUAUCUGAAGCCGUACGAUAUCAUCCCUCACGCCUUCUAUCCGAGGGCGGCGGAAGUGGUGAUCGACGACGACGACGAAGAGGACGAAGACGAGGAAACAUCGGAGGAGGGCGAGCUGAGUGAAGAAGAAGAGGAAGAAGAAACCGAGUCUGAGUGGGAAGCCUUGCCGGAGGAAGUGACGCGCACGGGAACGGAGGUGGAAGAUCCGGAAGCAGUGCGAGAGCGCGAAGAAAUCGCCACCGGGAAGCGCCAGUUGGAGUUCACCAGCGGAGCCAGCCUGCGCAUCGGUAAUGAUCCGACCAGGGAUCCGGAGCCACCGGAGCCCGAAGAUGGCGACCCUGCGGCCGCCACCUCAAGUGCCGCGCGAUGGAGAUGGAGCCGAUCCCCCUCCUCCUCCAGCCCCACCCGUCCCCCAAUUCGCCCACGUACCGAUGCGGGCGAUAGGCCUUCGUCCUCGGAUGCUAUUCCGCCGACCCCUUGAUUUUCUCACCCUCGAACAGAUCCGCAC